UGUGUGUGAGGAGAGGGUACGAAAAUGUAUUAAAUGCUAUAAUAGGAGACGGGGAGGCCACAGUGCUGGGAUUGCGUAGAUCUAAGCCUCUUUUUUUCUGGGAAGGGAGCUUUUCUUAUUCAAAACAGCCCCACAAAAGACUUCCAGUGAGCCUUGCCACAUCCCCAUCUGACUCGAAGCCAUUCAUCAGCCUGCCGAGCCUAUCAAUGACAUGUCCCCCAUCAGGGCUCCUAUAAAAUCAGCCCCUUUCCCAUGAAACAUCAGCAAACAUUUUGACGGCUCUGGCUUUUCCCCCACUGGAUCUCUGGAGUCUGUGACCCCCUCUCCACCCCACCCGCUCCUACAACCCCCACCUCAAUCACCACCGCCACCCUCUCCACGGACCUCACAUCUUAUGCAUCUCAGCGUCGGGCAGUUCUCUCGGAGAGACAGAGGGAGCUGAGGAGGGGGAGUCCUGCACGGAGCCAUUUUCUCAGAGGAGCCCCUCGAACGUGCUUGGGAAGAGGAUGCAUUGUGGGCUGCUGGAAGAGCCUGACAUGGAUUCCACAGUAUAUUUUUAACUUUUGCAGAGAGCUGGAUUGAAAGAUGUCUGAACGAAAGCGAGAGCAAGCGUUUCUCCAGCCACUCUUCUACUGGAAAUGUGUCCAACGACGAAAACGAGGAGAAGGAAAACAACCGAGCAUCUAAGCCACAUUCAACACCUGCCACAUUACAAUGGUUGGAGGAGAACUAUGAGAUCGCAGAGGGUGUUUGUAUUCCUCGCAGUGCACUGUACAUGCAUUAUUUGGACUUCUGUGAGAAACUUGAUUCUCAGCCGGUCAACGCUGCAAGCUUCGGGAAGAUAAUAAGACAACAGUUUCCUCAGUUAACUACACGGAGGCUAGGAACCAGAGGCCAGUCAAAGUAUCACUACUAUGGAAUCGCUGUGAAAGAGAGCUCUCAGUACUAUGAUGUGAUGUACUCUAAAAAGGGCGCUGCUUGGGUGAACGAGACGGGCAAGAAAGAGGUCACCAAACAGACAGUGGCGUAUUCACCACGCUCCAAGCUGGGCACUCUCCUGCCAGACUUUCCAAAUGUCAAAGACUUAAAUCUGCCGGCCAGUCUGCCAGAGGAGAAGGUCUCAACCUUUAUCAUGAUGUACAGAACUCAUUGCCAGAGGAUACUGGAUACGGUCAUACGAGCCAACUUUGAUGAGGUCCAGAGCUUCCUGUUGCACUUUUGGCAAGGCAUGCCGCCACACAUGCUCCCUGUCUUGGGCUCUUCUACAGUGGUUAAUAUAGUUGGUGUGUGUGACUCCAUAUUGUACAAGGCCAUCUCAGGAGUCCUCAUGCCCUCCGUCCUACAGGCUCUGCCGGACAGCCUCACUCAGGUGAUCAGAAAGUUUGCCAAGCAGCUGGACGAGUGGCUGAAAGUGGCAUUACAUGACCUGCCUGAGAACUUGCGCAACAUAAAGUUUGAAUUGUCAAGAAGAUUUUCCCAGAUACUUAAACGACAGACAUCAUUAAACCAUCUCUGUCAGGCUUCUCGAACUGUGAUCCACAGUGCAGACAUCACCUUUCAGAUGCUUGAGGAUUGGAGGAACGUGGACCUUAACAGCAUCACUAAACAGACUCUUUAUACAAUGGAAGACUCCAGAGAGGACCAGAGGAGACUUAUCAUCCAGUUUUAUCAAGAAUUUGACAGACUGCUGGAGGACCAGUCACCCAUUGAAGCCUACAUCGAAUGGCUGGACUCUAUGGUGGAGAGAUGUGUCAUGAGGGUGGCGGGGAAGAGACCCGGAUGUCUGAAGAGAGUAGCUCAGCAGUUCCUGCUCAUGUGGUCGUGUUUCGGGACCAGAGUUAUCCGGGAUAUGACGCUGCAUAGCGCACCCAGCUUCGGCUCAUUCCAUCUGAUCCACCUCAUGUUUGAUGACUACAUACUAUACCUGCUUGAGUCUCUGCACUGCCAAGAGAGAGCCAAUGAACUCAUGAGGGCUAUGAAAGGAGAGGGGACACCAGCAGAUUCUGGGGAAGAGCUGAUGCUUAUGGGUUCCACUCCCACAUCUACGUCACCUGGACCCUACUCUCCUGCCAAGUCUGUUAACUCAGUGGGUGUACCGGCAGUAGUAUCCCCCAAUUCAGCCCAGUCUCCAGAGUACACCAGCAUAUCAGCUACCACAGGAGCUGUUCAGUCAUAUACCUGGUCCCUUACAUACACAGUGACAACAUCAGGUGGCAGCCCACCCGAGACUGGAUCCCAGCUUUCCUGCAUGAGAGGCGGACCCCCUCUACAUGGCUCCUCAUCUGUCCACAGGAUGCCAGUUUACCCACAUCGGGAUGAGCAUGGCUAUACUGGCAGCUAUAAUUACAGCAGCUACGCAAAUCAGCACCAUCAUGCAAUCCAGAGUCAGUACUCCAGUUUAACCCACGAACCAGGGUUGCCCACCCCUCUUCACUAUUCAUCAUACCACCGGACCUCAGCACAGUAUCCACUCAACAGCCAGAUGUCCAGAAUGGAGUCCUGUUUGAUGAGUGGGUCUCCGCUUCUACACUCGAGCGCGGUUACCCCCCGAUGGCCGGAUAUGUCCGCGGCCAACAGCUGUUACACCAGCCCCACUGUCCACACGUCACGCUACUCCACCGGAGACAUGUACUCCCCUCUCGCCCCACGCAGGAACUCUGAAUAUGAGCAUGCACAACAUUUUCCAGGAUUUGCCUAUAUUAAUGGGGAGGCAACGACUGGGUGGGCAAAAUGAUUGUACCCUUCCGAGAGUCUCCGUCCAAGACGCAAUGUCUGCAUGUGCAAAGCUGUGUGCAAAGUUGGACAGAUAAACCAGCAGCAGCCCAUAUUUAACAUAAUUACAGAGAAUGUAUUUGAGUGGGAAUUACAUUGUUUCAGAGAUGUUUUUAUUGGUGUGGUCAGUGUUUACAGUGCAAGCUGCCAAUGAAACUCUUUUGGAAUUGCAAUCAUUGUGAGAGUGCAAAGGCAGUGUCCCAGUUGUGCCUUUCCCUGCCUGUUUCUCAUUUAUCUCUCGUGAGCAUUAUAGGCCACUCACUCAUUUACUCUGCAAAAACUUUGGUUGCUUACCUUAUUUAAAAGUAAACAUGUACGCAUCCUACAGUGUUCUGUUACCACAGACUGGGUUUUUGACGUCAGUGAUGUUAAUGAGACCACAGUAGGGUUUCUUCUCAACAUCAAAGUGUGCUACUUUCCUAGCAUAAGCACACCACGUUCUCAGCACCAGAAAGAAAUGCCUUAAUAUUUUAUCUCAGAACGCCCUCUUGGUCAGCUGCCACAAUACGUACAUCAUAGGAGUUAAAAACAAAUAAAGACCUCUCAUUUUACACAAAUGCGGAAUUACUUCAGUGCGAAGCUGAGAGAAUAUUAGAAAUCUUUUCUGUAGCUUUGUAACAUUGUGUCCCUUUGAAUUGUUUAUCUGUGUUUGAACUGUAUAUCCAGUUUCGUAUGAUUUUAGGAACCGAAAAGUGUUAACCUAGGUUUGUGUGUUCUUAAAUGCACUCAAAGGUACUGUGGACCUAUUACCCUAUGGGUAGGAAUAAAAAGGAAAGAAUAUGAAAAUGUAACAUUUAUUAUCUUUAGUCACUUUCUCUUGUAAAUAAAAGCACUCAGUAACUUCUGUGGGGACAGCUGUUACCAUGUAAAUGAUAUAUGUGGAUUUAUUUGUUGCCACAUAAAGAUUUUUUUAAACCCAGUACAUAUUAUAUCUCAUUAUUAUUAUUAUUAUUAUUUUACUCUGUAUGUCUAUGUUUGGAAUAUAUAAGAAUUUUAUUGUACACAUACUGCUAUAUAUACAGCAAUAAAAUACUUACAUGGACACAACGCUGCAGCGCAGACCUCAUCCGGAGCCGUUUCAGUGUACAAUUGUUGGUGCAAGAUACAUUAAAGUGAUUAUUACGUUUUCAA